AUGGCCCUUGGACAUGAAGUGAAAGAUGUAGAUACUUGUGAGUCGUGUGGAAAUGUUGUGAAGAACUGGUGCACAAAUGGUAAACGACCUGAGAUAACACUCCAAAUUAAUGGAAAACCUUACAAAGUUGGAAGUGAGUACCAUGGCGCCACAUCCCUGUGUACAUUUUUACGUGAGUCCAGGAUUUCCAUGGGGACCAAGUACAUGUGUAAAGAAGGUGGCUGUGGGGUGUGUCUAGUACAGGUGGAGUUGUUGGAGCCGAUGUCAAGGGAACCAAAAUCUUAUGCUGUGACUUCAUGCAUGGUGCCCCUGUUUUCCUGUGAUGGGUGGGAGAUAACCACCAUUGAAGGCAUUGAUUCUACCAGUGAUCAGUCUGUCCCUAAACGCCUCGCCCAGUAUAACGGCAGUCAGUGUGGCUUCUGUAGUCCCGGACAAGUCAUGAAUAUGCAUGCACUUUUAGAUUUCCAUGGAGGAGGAGUUACAAAACAGAUGGUAGAAGAUGAAUGUGAUUCAGUGAUUUGUCGUUGUACUGGUUACAGAUCUAUCCUGGAUGCCAUGAAAUCAUUUGUUAAAGAUGGAAAUCAAAAGGUCACAGAUAUUGAGGAUGUACACACCAAGCGCUGUGAGCGGACCGGUCAGAUCUGUACAGGAAGUUGUCACAAACAGAGCUCACAGCUAGCCUUAAAAGAUGUGCAGUGGUUCAAACCAACUACUGUAGAGGAUCUCAUCAAAAUGAUAAAGGACAACAAGGGCAAGAACUGCAAACUGGUGUUUGGAAACACAGGAUAUGGUGUUUACAAAGAGCUAGGUCUGUGGAACUACAGUAUACUGAUUGACCUUAGAGGAGUGGCUGAAAUGUACAACACAGAAAUUGGUUCUUCUGAACUUGUACUGGGAGCCAAUUUAACAUUAUCCCAACUGAAAGAGCUCUUGAAUCGAAAAUCCAGUGACCCGCAGUUUGGUUACUGUAAGGAGAUGUGUAAGACUAUCUCUAAAGUGGCCACCAACGCUAUCAGAAAUCUUGGCACUUGGGCAGGAAACUUGAUGUUGAAACACAAACACCCAGAGUUUCAAUCAGACAUCCACACCAUGCUAGAAACUGUUGGAGCUCGGCUGAAGUUAGCCGUUGUAAAUGGUGAGACAAAGGUUAUUCCAGUUUCUGAGUUCUUGAGUCAGGACAUGACAGACUGUGUUAUAGUGGCCAUGUUCUUAAAUUCAGUCCCAGACAAUCACCACAUAAGGAUUUACAAAGUCAACAAACGCACACAGAAUUCUCACUCUGAUGCCAAUGCCGGGAUGAAUUUUGACAUUGAUGCAGGAAAGAAUUUUCUGGUGAAAAGCAAGCCAACCAUUGUAUUUGGAGGAAUUAACAAACAUUUUGUCCAUGCCUCAAAAACAGAGGAAUUCUUAACUGGAAAAGCUCUUGGCAAUACAGAUACUUUAACACGUGCUUUGUCGUUAUUUACCCAGGAGGCAGUUCCAGAUGAGGUGAAUCCAGUUUUAACAUCUGUGGAUUUUAGGAGGAAUGUGGCAGCAGGACUGCUUUACAGAUUUGUGUUGGAUGUCCUUGGAGACAAGGUCAGUCCUCUAUACAGAAGUGGAGCUACCCCACUGUCUAGACCUUUGUCCUCGGGAAAACAGAGUUACGACACCAAUCCCACAGUAUGGCCCCUCACACAACCAAUAUCCAAAGUGGAGGCCUACAAUCAGACCAUUGGUAAAGCAGAAUACAUCAAUGACAUACCAGAAAAACCAGGGGAAUGCUACGCCGAGUUUGUUCUGAGUACAGAGGGUAAUGCCAGAAUACAGGAUAUUGAUCCUUCAGAGGCUUUGGGGAUGUCAGGAGUACUGAAAUUUAUAGCAGCUGAAGAUAUUCCAGGGGUUAAUAAUGUAGCUCCCUCUCCAUAUCCUACAGAGAAGGCUUUAGCCAGUGACAUAGUGGAGUAUAAUGGUCAACCAUUAGGAAUCAUUGUAGCAGAAACACCAGAGAUAGCUAAAAUGGCUGCUAGAAAGGUCAAGGUCACCUACUCUGAUGUAAAGCCUCCCAUUCUAACAAUAGAAGAUGCCAUUGAAAAGAAUUCCAUAUUUCCAGAUGAGGCUGAGAAAAUCAUUGUUGGUGAUGCAGAUGGUGCUAUAAAGAAGGCACCUAUUAAAGUGAGUGGUAGAGUUAAAUGUGGGUUACAGUAUCACAUGACCUUGGAGACCCAGAUUGCCAUUUGUAAUCCAACAGAGGAUGGAUUUGAUGUUUAUGCCUCCACUCAAUGGACCUCGGGAUGUCAGGAGGCCGUUGCCAUGGUACUAGGUGUAUCUGAUAGCAGUGUGAAUGUGAACGUUCGGCGUUUAGGUGGAGCUUUUGGUAGCAAGAUCACUCGUAACUUCAUGGUUGCUGCAGGAUGUGCUCUGGCUGCUAAUGCUGUGAAAAGGCCAGUUCGUCUUAACUUGGACUUGCAUGUAAACAUGAAAAUGCUGGGUAAAAGAGCCCCAUGGAUGGGUGACUAUAUGGUGGGCCUUUCAUCAGAUGGAAUGUUACAGGGAAUUAAGCUGACCUACUAUGCUGAUUGUGGUAUAAGUCCUGCCGAUAACUGCUUAAUCAUCAUGGGAAAAGGAAUGGACAAUGCAUAUUACUGUCCCAACUGGUACACGGUUCCUGUGGCACUGAAGACCAACACUCCAAUGAAUACCUUCUUCAGAGCACCUGGUUGCUGUCCAACAAUAUUCAUAAUGGAAUCUAUUAUGGAACAUUGUGCUAAGGAGCUUAACAUGGACCCAACAGAAUUUAAAAAACAGAAUUUUUACAAAAAAGAUCAGAUUACCCCAGCACAAGUACCACUUUCUUACUGUAACAUCAGGGAACUGACCAAUGAUCUGAUGAACUCGGUGGAAUACGAAAAUCGCAAACAGGCUGUGAAGAAUUUUAAUGAGACAAAUCUUUGGAAGAAAAAGGGUUUAUCAGUAGUCCCAAUGAAGUUUGGUGUCCUAUGGACAGAGUUUAACUACACGGCUCUAGUGGCUAUCCAUGGUUAUGAUGGCAGUGUGUCCAUCUCUCAUGGAGGAAUAGAGUCAGGUCAGGGCAUCAACACCAAGGUGAUACAGGUGUGUGCCCAUGCCUUAGGGAUUCCUGUGGAUUAUAUUAAAGUAAAACCUACAGAUUCUUUGACAUCAGCUAACAGUUAUAUGACGGGAGGCAGUGUAACUAGUGAGCUCUGCUGUAAGGCUGUCCUGCACUGCUGUGAGGGCCUCAACAAAAGAAUAGAACCAGUGAAACAGAAGAUGGCAGGCAAGUCCUGGAAGGAAGUGAUUAACCAGUGUUUUACUGAGGCCAUUGAUUUGUCAGAGAGAUACUGGGAAGCUCCUCACUCACCCCACUUCUCCCAGUACAAUGCUUAUGGUGUGACCUUGACAGAGGUAACUCUGGACAUCUUGACUGGUCAGCACAUUAUUGACAGGGUGGAUUUGUUGUAUGAUUGUGGAGAAAGUAUGAGCCCAGAAAUUGAUAUUGGACAGGUAGAGGGAGCAUUUGUGAUUGGACUGGGGUACUUUCUGCAAGAGGAGAUCAAAUAUGACCCCAAGACAGGACGGCAACUCGUUGAUGGGACAUGGGAGUACAAAGUUCCACUGACCAAGGAUAUCCCUGUUGAUUUCCGGAUCAGUCUUCUGAAGAAUGCUCCUAAUCCCUUGGGAGUUCUGAGAGCUAAAGCCUGUGGUGAGCCCCCCUUGUGUAUGAGCUGCUCUGCAUUGUUUGCCAUUAAGCAUGCUGUGGAGGCCUUCAGGAGGGAUAUUGGAAAAGACACUUACUUUGCCCUGGAUGCCCCAGCAACUGUAGAGAAAAUACAGCAGUCCUGUUUGGUUGAUCCGUCCAUGUUUGUUAUCUAGUGAUGAAUCUUAACAGGAGAAGAGAUUAACAUUUAUCUCCCAGUCUACAUAAUAUGAAUCUAAACAUGAGAAGAGAUCAACAUUAAUACAUGUAUCUCCCAGUCUACAUCAUUAUUCUGUAUGUGUAUCCUAACAAGUUAAUGGAAGGUUUCAGCCCCAUCUGAGCAUCAAGCUGAAGAGAGCUAAUUUCAGAUCAGAGUUUGCCUGUUGUCUGUCUGUCUUAAGGCAUUUGUUGAUCAAUCUGUCUGUCUGUUUUCACAUUUUUCUUCUCAAGAACCAUUGUAUCAAUUCUAACCACUUAGAAGGGCAAUAGCACAAGGGGUUCCAAGAAGGAUACUCAGUAAAUAAUAAAAAGAAGUGGGGCCAUAGAACUAGAGUUUACUAGUUACAAUACAGGUGUGUGUGUGUGUGUGUGUGUGUUAAGUCAUCAUAGGAGGUCAAUGGGUGAGAUGGGGCCAUAGUUGGAUUUAAAAGCUUUACACAGGAAUAUAUAUUGGUAAAAUGUGUUCUGUCAAGAACAAUAUUAAUACCAUGUAGAACAAAUUGAUAUCAAUUCAAGCAUCUUUAUGUAGUGUAGUUCUGAGUUUAUUUUUCAAGCCAUA